GCCUCAGAACCAACAACUUCUACAUCAGGACUCACAACAACAACAACUGGUGGACUAAGAAAAACCACAGAAGGACCAACAACCACGACUGCGAAAACUGCAAGAACAACGGCAGGACCAACAACUACAACUGCUGAACUAACAUCGACAAUUGCAGGAUCAACAACUUUUGCAGGAAAACCUGCAACCACAACUGCAGGACCCACAACAACUAUAGGACCAACAAAAACUGCAAGACCUAUCACUUCUACUGUUGUACCCAAAACAAAAACUGAAGGAAAAACAAGGACUAACAGCUGCAGGACGAACAAUGGCGACUGCAGGACCAAUAACAACGAAAGCAAGACCCAGAACUACUUCAGCAGUACUAACUUCAACUGCACAGCAAAAGAACCAACUACAAUGACAACUGAAGAGACAACUGCAGGAACAAUAAUAACAACUAUAAGAUCCACAACUGCACGGCGAACAACAACAUCUGCAGGAUCAAAAACGACUGCAGGACCAAAAACGAAAACUGCUCAACGAAAGACAAAAGCUACAGGACCCACAACAACAACCUCUGAACUACCAAGCUUCAACUGCAGGCUCAAUAUCGACAACUGCUACACCAACAACAGCUGCACAGGACCUUCAACAACAACAUUCACAAAUACCGCAGGAUCCUCAACAACAACUGCAGGACCAACAACAAGCUUCAACUACAGGCCUAAUAUCGACAACUGCUUUACCAACGACAACUGCAGGACCAACGACGCCAAAUGCUGA